UAGGGCUGCCUGGAUUUCUUCCAGACUCACAAGCAGUCUACAGAGAUGAGUUCCCCUUAAGAAAAUGACACCUUGGAGAGCACUUGGACGAGCAUCGAUGCUAGUCGAAAUCCCGCCCUCCAUGGGCCCCAAAUCUCCCGGAAGUCCCAAGCUGGAGUUGGCAGUUCCAGGAAGAGGAGGCUCCGGCUUGCUCGCUCCUGGAGUCGCAGCGAGACGCCCCGCCCCAUGGCCUCCUUAGUGCGCCUAGGCCUCGCGCUGCCAGUGGGCCGCGGCUUGCCGGCCAGACUGCGAGCCAGCUGCGCCUCGGCCUCCAGCAUGGAGACCCGCGUGGCCUUCUCUCCUGCCGGCCGGAGCCUCUUCGACGAGCCGCUGGCCAUCUCCGUGGAAGGGCUGAGGCCCAAGCAGGAGGUCACGCUUCGGGCGCGGCUGCGGGACGAGACCGGGCUUCUCUUCGAGUCGCGCGCGCUGUACCGGGCAGACGGCCGCGGGCAGCUGGAUCUGAGCCGCUCGCCGGCGCUGGAAGGCGGCAGCUUCUCCGGCGUGGAGCCGAUGGGGCUGCUGUGGGCGAUGGAGGCGGAGAAGCCCUUCAAGCGCCUGGUGAAGCGCGACGUGGAGAGCCCCUUCCGCCUGGAGGUGGAGGUGCUGGGGAGCCGCAGCGAGCCCCUGGCCAGAGGCACCCACGAGCGCGGCUUCCUGCGGGACGGCGGGCGGCGGAUCCCGGUACGAGAGGGCAGGAUCCGGGCCACGCUAUUCCUGCCUCCCGGUGAAGGCCCCUUUCCUGGAGUCAUUGAUAUUUCUGGAACUGGAGGAGGCCUUCCAGAAUACCGAGCAUGUCUGCUGGCCAAUCAUGGCUUUGCCAUGCUAGCACUGGCCUAUUAUGCUUAUGAAGACCUCCCUAAAUCUAUGAACGAAUUCCACCUGGAGUAUUUUGAAGAAGCUGUAAAUUAUGUGCUGAAACAUCCAAAGAUUAAAGGUCCAGGUAUUGGGCUGCUUGGACACUCCAAAGGGGGUGACCUGUGUCUCUCCAUCGCCUCUUUCUUAAAGGGUGUCACUGCGACAGCCAUAGUGAAUGGUUCCAUAGCCAAUGUAGGCGCCAUACUCCGCUAUAAGGAUAUUACUAUUCCACCUCUUGGCUUCGAUCUGAAGCGGAUCAAAAUAGAUCAGACUGGGACUGCUGACAUUGUGGAUGUCCUGAACAACCCACUGGAAGGCUCUAACCGCCAAAGCCUUAUUCCAUUGGAGAAGGCUGAGAGCCACUUUCUUUUCAUUGUUGGCAAGGAUGACCAUAAUUGGAAGAGUGAAUUCUUUGCCACUGAAGCCUCCAACUGUUUGCAGGCUCAUGGGAAAGAAAAACCUGAGAUAAUUUGCUAUCCGGGAGCAGGGCAUUACAUUGAGCCUCCUUAUUUCCCGUUGUGCCCAGCUUCAAUGCAUUUCUUGGUGGGCCGCCCAGUGAUCUGGGGAGGGGAGCCUAAGGCUCAUGCUGCAGCACAGGUGGAUGCUUGGCAGCAGAUCCGAACUUUUUACCACAAACAUCUCGGUGAUGAACAAGAUGGAAGACAGAACAAGUUAUGAGAACGCUGUUUGCAAAACAUGUUUUGGCAGAUAAAGGCUAUGGGAUUAUUUGGGGAGUUUGAUUUCCUAAGUGAAUGGUGUAACAUUUUACUGAUGGUAAACUUUAUAGUUGACCUCAGUGUUACAUGUAUGGAGUGUUGGGAUCAGUAACUUUCAGUGAAAUCCUAAGCAGAGUUACUCCAUUCUAAGCCCUUUGAAAUCAAUGGGCUUAGGAUUUCACUGUUUGUUCUUUAAACUUAGUAUCUAAGCACUCUGUUGUUUUAUGACUGGAGACUGCAUUGGAUUGACAGAUGCAUGUAGUAUUUCCUCUGAGAUGGAUCCAGAAAUGGGCUAAGUGCCCCACUAAGAUAAAUAUGAAUGAAUUCAGAUGUUUAUAGUAUAUAUAUAGGAUGGACUGUCCUUUCUUGACUUGUUCUCAUAUAAAGGGCUGAUGCUUAAGUG